AUGGCUUCUACAGCUGAGAAAGAUUUAACACAGAUGGAUGUCAAAGAUACAUCCACUCCAUCUGAUCCGCCCUCCAUCAAAGAUGGCGCCCACGACAACGUCGGCGUCGGUGUCGUUCUCACCCACGAUGAAUACCAUCUUGCCACCCUGGGAUACAAACAAGAGUUCAUUCGAUCCCUGGGCUUCUUCGAGAGUUGGGCAGCGACAUUCACUUCUAUGAACUUCAUCUCUGGAAUUCCUGUCUUAUUUGGGUGGGUUAUGUACACCGGAGGACCACAAGCAGCAUUCGCAAACUGGACAAUGGUUGGUGGCCUUUCCUGCAUCGUGAGCUUGGUCAUGGCAGAGCUGGCCGCUGCGCUACCCACCACCGGCGGCAUCUACUUCUGGAGCUACCGUCUAGGUGGAGAGAAGUAUGGUCCCUUCCUCAGCUGGAUGACAGCAUGGUGGAAUUUUGCCGGCUGGAUUACCAUAGUUCCAGGGGUCCAGCAAGGCUCUACCAACUUCUUGGUCUCGGCUUUGAUGAUAAAAUAUCCUGACGCCGAAGUUCUCCACAAGGGCUGGUUCUUGUGGCUGCUCACGAGCAUUGGCAUGAUCUUUGCCAUGAUUCCAAACAUCUACAACUCGAAGUUGCUCCAGUACUAUUUCCGCUUUGCGGUCGCAAUCUUCUUCUCGCUCUUCUUCAUGUACUGGAUCUGGUUUCCAAUCAAGGCUUCCGAAAAGCAUUUCAACAGCAGCCACGGGGCGUUUGAUUUGUUCUACAACGGCAUCAACUUGGGAGACAAGAAGCAGGCCUCAGAUGGGUACUGUUGGGUCAUUUCCGUCCUGUUUGGAGCUUGGGUCUUCUACGGGUACGACGCCUCUGCACAUCUGGCUGAAGAAACAAAGCAAGCUUCCACCGUUGUCGCCAAAGGGAUCUACAUGUCCACUUUCUCGGCCUGGAUCUUGUCGGUGCCUACUCUCAUCAUCAUUCUUUUCUGCAUGCAAGAUUUUGAAGGUAUCAUCUCAGCAACUUAUGCAAAUAACUGGGCGGAGUAUCUCGUUCAACUUAUUGGAGAGAACGGUGCGGUCGCCAUCCUCUCGCUGCUCUGGGUUGACAGCACGUGCGCGACGGCGAGUUGCUUCAUGUCAGCCCAGCGAGUUACUUAUGCCAUCUCCCGCGACGGGGUGCUCCCCUUCAGCUUCUUCUUCAGGAAGCUCUCCAAGCGCAAGAUGGCGGUAAAUGCCGCACUGCUCGUGUUCUGCAUGUCUGUUGCCAUCACCACAGCCGUCAUUGGUUCCACAGUCGCAUUCUCAGCAAUCACGGCUACCGCCACGAUCGCCACCAACUUCUCGUAUCUGAUCCCUAUAAUCGCGAGACAGACAGUGGGACGCAAGUCGUUUGUACCGGCGAAGUGGAACUUGGGAAAGCUCUCUGCACCACUGGCCACUAUAGCCACGGUAUACAUCUUGUUCCUUUUUGCAGUCCUUCUCCUGCCACAGUUGUACCCGGUGGACGCGGAGACACUGAACUAUGCGCCUAUUUGCAUUGGUAUUAUCACAGUCAUUAGCUUGGUGGGAUGGUUCUUCCCCGUAUGGGGUGCUAUGCACUGGUUCCAAGGACCGAUCAAGACAAUCACCGAGGAAGAGUUGCGAAAUGCCCGGGUUGAAGGAGGAGUAGCGACGGUUGAGGAAGGAGAUGCCCUAGCAAACUUUGACUUUGGACAUCGGCGGAAGAGUGUGACACGGACGAUAUAG